AUUAAAAGAAUAGACAACUGUACUUACUUUGUCAACAUCUCCCCUAGGCAAUGAGGUAAGUUUGAUCUUCAAUUAGUGGCACGGACGUGCACACUCCGCAAUGCUCCAGAACGCACCAGCACGCACAGGAAAGACUCGGAAGAGGGCAGCGGAACAAGGAGACCUUCCAUUCCGGGCUAGCUGACGUCAUGCAGGACCAAUCCCAAGCCACAGCUAUUCCGAUUCCUAUGUAAUCCAGCCACCGUGCUCUCUCGCUCUGCACGACUCUCCUCGCAACCACCACCAUCUCCCACAUUUUCACACAAACCCUAGACAACAACCAUGAGUCUCCUGCAAGGCGUGCUCCGCACGCAAACGCUAGAUUCGCUCGAUAAGCAGCUUCAAGGGGAACGGAGCACCCCGCAGAAUGACCGGGACAGCGACGACGAGCUCGUGGGCGUUGUGUCAGCCCCUGGCACGCCCGCAUCGCAAUCAAGGCCAUCGUCGCGCCCGGCAUCCCCAGGUCCUGGGGGUGCUUCACGGCUACCCCGCCGGGCGUACCACACUUCAUCGACAUCGCAGGGCACCUCGCCUGACCCUCUGAGGGCAUUUCCGACUGACCUGUCGCAGAGAAUUUUCUCCCUCCUGACGAUCGCGCAGCUCGCGAAGUGCUCCCGGGUGUCGAAGAAGUGGAACAGGAGCCAGACGAUAAAUUAUGUCUGGUUCCAGCACUACCGGAAAGAGAACUUUCAUGACGAUAGCUUGCCUCCUGGCAAAUGGACGAAGCGCGAGUCCAAGCAGAAUUGGCGCAUCCUCUACCUGCAAUCCCUUGCGUCACGGCCGCAAGAUAUCGGACCCGUCUAUCACUCCUAUUCAGGCCGCUCUACGCCUGGCUCGGGCAACCAGACUCCCCGCGAGGCACGCGAGGAGAAGUGGCGACAGGAGGCAGAGGGCGAAGUGCGCCCGUCAAAAAAUGAGAUGCGCGAGAUGUACAAGGAACUGCACGGGCGAAAGCCCCGCAGCAAAGCCAAGCUCGGUGCUUCAGGCGAAAUCAGAGAUCGUGGAGGGUGGAUGGAGGGAGGUGAAGAAGAGUACUAUUAAGCUACCGAGGUGAAUAUGAGAGGGGCGUUUGAUAGAUUUGAAGCCCGCCCAGGUUUGGAUUAUCGUUAUCAUUGCACACCGAGAUUCUGUCAUACUAUCAUAAUCUAUAUUGUACUGGCCCAUUCCUGUGCUGCUUGUCACCGGACAGAGUUGUGAUUACGCACGGUAGUAAUUACACCCCCUGCUACAUGUCUUGGCUGUGCAAGCCUGAGGUCCGUGUUUCUCGAACGCGAAUGCUGUAGAG